AUGUGCAUAGUUUUUAUAUAUAAUGGAUAUGAUGAUCCAGAAAGUGAUUACAGCUUAAUAUUAGCAUCAAAUAGAGAUGAGUUUUAUGAUCGGCUUACAUUACAUAUGGCACCAUGGCAUGAUGAUACUAAUAUUCUUGGAGGUAUUGAUUUAGGAGCAGACGGCAUAAGCACUUGGUUAGCUUAUUCUUCGUCCCAAAAGAAGGUUGGAUUGUUGCUGAAUUAUCCAGAUGUACAAAGAGAAAAACCCAAAAGUAGAGGCAAAAUAAUAGCAGACUAUAUGAAGAGUAAUAAUCCUUUAGAUGACUAUGUGUCAUUAAUCAGACAUUAUGGAGAUAAUUGUAAUGGGUUUAUUUUUGUUACAGUAGAGAUUGGGGGUAAUAAACCUACUGUCCGAACAUACACUAAUGCUACAAAUAAAUUGCAAACAUGGACAGAAAGCUGCACUGGUUUCUCAAACAACAUUCCUGAUAAUCCUUUAACCAAAGUAUCUGCUGGCAAAGAACGGAUGGCAAAAUUAUGUGAAGAAUAUAAAACCGUUGAAGACAAACCAAAGUUGAUAGAUAGUUUAAUACAACUGUUAAAGUCUGAUGAACGACAUUUACCAGACCCUAUUCUUGAAAAGCGCAGGCCAAAGGAUUAUCAUUGGUUUUCAUCCAUUUACGUAUGUGUACCACCAGUACGUUAUGGAACAAGAACACACACUCUUAUGUUAGUCACAAAAAAGGGGCAAGUAAAUCUAAUAGAAGUCACAAUGCAAACUCCGAUUGAUUUAUCAAAUCCAGUGUGGAAAAAGUCUAGUUAUCAAUUGUAG